ACAAGCUGUUUAUUGAGCCAGCAUUCGAGGAUAGACAGUGGUCGCGGAGUUCUGACGUCAUCAGCUAACGCCCGUGUAUACACACACGCUGAAAUGAGUGCAUUGCUGUUUGAUUUCUUGGCAGUUCUUUCGUAGGAAAAUGUCGGUUUUUCACGACGAAAUCGAGAUCGAAGACUUUGAAUAUGACGAGGACUCAGAGACAUUCUACUUCCCAUGUCCCUGCGGAGACAGAUUCGCCAUCACAAAGGAGGAUCUGGAGAAUGGAGAGGAUGUGGCCACGUGUCCCAGCUGUUCUCUGAUUGUCAAAGUAAUUUAUGAUCAGGACCUGUUCAUGUCUGGAGAAGUGGUGGAGGCUCCAUCAUUGACGGAGACCAAGCUGGAAGUGGCCCAGUCCUGAUCCUCAACUGAUUUAUGCCUGCAGACACUUUAACAUUUAAAGCUGCUCUUAUUUUGAAGAAGCAGUUAAUGGACACAAGGACUUCCUUUAUUGUAAUGCAGUGUCAGUCAAGAUGACGCUGCAACAUGGAAAAAAUGAUUUUUAGGUUUUAACAUUUACUCAAUUUUAUUUUCAUCACAUUUUAUCUUUUACAACUAAAAUUAAAACAGCUUUGACCUCA